GUUACACCGGACUGGCAGAAGCAAUUGAAAACUGGAACUUCAGCAAACUGGAAAAACUGGAGUUGCACAGACAACUGUUGAAGCGGAUAGAAGCAACAGUGCUAGAAGUUGAUCCGAUAGCACUCAUGCCCUACAUAAACUCAUGCCUGAUGGAAAGGGAAUGUGAUGAGAUCCUGCAGAUUAGUGAAUACAGAAGCAAAGCAGCUGGGAUAACUAAACUCAUUGAAUGUCUCUGUCAAUCGGAUAAGGAAAACUGGCCAAAAAGCCUUAAGCUGGCACUAGAUAAUGCAGAAUAUUACAAUGCAAGUGAACUGUGGGAUAUGAGAGACGAUAAUGGCAAAGAUGUUGAUGGUGAAAUGACAGAUGCCUCUGAGAACAGCUUUGAAACCAUGAUGACGUUUUCUGAAGAAGCAGAAUGUGAUAAUAAUCUCAGUGAAAAUCUCGGUUCAGCUUCAGAAGUGAUUUAUCAGUCUUCACCUGUUUAUGAACCAAAGAAGGCUCGGAGCUACCAGACCGAACUUGCGCAGUCUGCUAUCAGUGGGAAAAACACAUUGAUAUGUACACCCACAGGAUCUGGAAAAACCUUGGCACUCCUGGUUUGUGAACACCAUUUCCAAAACAUGCCUGCAGGACGAAACGUGAAAGUUGUCUGUCUUGCAGCUAAAGUGCCAGUGUAUGAACAACAGAAAACUGUAUUCAAGCAGCAUUUUGAAAGAAGUGGAUACUCUGUUCAAGGAAUUAGUGGUGAAACAGUUGCAAAUGUCUCUGUAGAAAAGGUUAUUCAGGACAGCGACAUCAUUGUGCUGACGCCCCAGACUCUUGUGAAUAGCAUCGAGGAAGGGAUCCUUAGCUCCCUCUCCAUCUUCACUCUGAUGAUAUUUGAUGAGUGCCACACUACAGGCAAGCACCCUUACAAUGUGUUAAUGACCAGAUACCUGGAACAAAAAUUUGACUCCUCUGCCUCAGGUAAGGCCCAGCCUAUUGUAGGUUUAACUGCUUCUGUUGCAGUUGGUAAUGCCAAGAGCAUCAAGGAAGCAAUAGAGCACAUCUGUACCCUCUGCUCCUACCUUGACAUACAGGCCAUAUCCUCUGUCAGAGAGAACAAACAGGAUCUGCAGAGAUUUGGAAACAAGCCAGAAACAUAUGUCAGAUGGGUUAAAAUGCGAGUUCAGAAUCACUUUGCAGACAUUAUCUCAGGUCUGAUGUCUGAGACAGAGGCAUUGAUGAGGAAGAUUUACUCAGUGGAUACUAUCUCUCAAAUCAACAAGAAUGAUUUUGGAACACAGAAAUAUGAACACUGGAUAGUUGCCACUCAGAAGAAAUGCAGACUGUUGCAACUGCCAGAUAAGGAGAAGGAGAGCAGCAUUUGGAAAGACCUUUUCAUUUGCACUGAACACCUGCGGAAAUUCAACGAUGCUCUCAUCAUCAGUGAAGAUGCCUGCAUCGAAGAUGCUUUAGCCUACCUAACUGAAUUUUUCACAAAUGUCAAAAAUGGACCAUAUACAGAGUUAGAGAAGCAACUGACAGCCAGAUUUCAAGAAAAAGAACCAGAACUGACUGCCCUUUCAAAAGAUGAAUCAAAUGACAAUCCCAAGCUGGAAGAGCUUGCUUGCAUCCUGGAUGAAGCAUACCGCUAUUACCCACAGACUCGCACUCUUCUCUUUGCUAAGACGAGAGCCUUAGUAGCUGCUUUGAAGAAGUGGAUAGAAGCAAACCCUCUACUUAACCACAUACAUCCAGGGGUGUUGACGGGUAGUAGAAGAACAGAUCAGUUUCUUGGUACUGUAGGUAUGACCCUCCCAAUGCAGAAGGGUGUACUGAAUGCAUUCAAAACCAACAAAGAAAGCAGACUGCUAAUUGCUACAUCUGUUGCUGACGAAGGCAUUGGUAUUUCUGAGUGCAACCUUGUUGAGCUCUAUGAAUACUUCGGUAAUGUCACCAAAAUGAUCCAAGUCAGAGGUACAGAAUUUCAGAGCUAUUAUUUUAGAAACCUGUUUUGGCCUAGAAAUGGACAUAAACAUGACCUGCAAAUGAAGGAAAAGGUAUUACGAGAUUCCAGGAAGAAAGAAACAAGACCGAAGGUAGUGUAAGGGAAAAAAAACCUUCUGUGUGGAAAAUGCAAAGCAUAUGCCUGCAGUACAGAUGACAUCAGAGUUAUAAAGGAAUGUCAUCACAUUGUCCUAGGAGAUGCAUUCAAGGAGCGUUACAUAACAAAGCCUCACCAGAAAUCAGUCCAGUUUGAUUGUUUUGAGAAAAAAAGCAAGAUGCAUUGCCAAAAUACUAAUUGCCAGCAUGAAGUAUCAUAGUGAAGAAUCAUAGUGAAGUACAAGACAUUUGAUAAUCUACCAGUGAUCAAAAUCAAAAGCUUUGUGGUAGAGAACGUUGAAACUGGGACACAAAUGGAUUUUCAGAAAUGGAAAAAUAUUAAUUUUUCUUUGAGGAAUUUUGAUGUUGAAGAAACGUCCAGAAACUCAGCAUUUUAG